CUCGUGUUCAAAGUUUACGUGGCCCAACAAACGUGGCUGAACAACUGCAAGGAUUUUAAACGAAAUAUUGCGAUUGAUUUACUCACUAUGCCGCCUUAGUCCUUCGAAUAUCAUAGAAAUAUGUUGCCAAUAACAGAUUACCAAAAGAUUGGUAUUGGUGUCACAGGAUUUGGGGUGUUUUUUCUGUUCUUUGGUAUCAUCUUCUUCUUUGACAAGGGAUUACUUGCUAUAGGAAAUAUUCUUUUUAUAUCUGGUUUAACAUUAGUUAUUGGUCUUGAAAGAACAUUUAGAUUUUUCUUUCAAAAACACAAACUAAAGGGAAGUGCAUUCUUCAUUGGUGGAAUAUUUGUUGUUUUAAUUGGCUGGCCAAUGAUUGGUAUGCUGCUGGAAACAUAUGGUUUUAUUUUACUUUUUGGAGGGUUCCUACCGGUUGUAAUCAAUUUCCUUAGACGAGUUCCAGUUAUUGGAAAUAUACUUAAUCUUCCUGGAAUAAGCUCUGUUGUGAACAGAAUUGCUGGGGAUCCUUCCAAUUCUAUGGUCUAAUACGGAGUCGACUUUCUAAUAUCCAAUACGAUGUCAUGUUUUUGAACAGCUUGAUGUUUCUCUGGUGGAUGCGGUGUUCAGUUUUUGUGAAUACGAUAGACUAUUUCUAAAUUGCGCCAAAUUACAAUUCACGUUAAAAAUUAAGUCGAAUUUCAGAUAAUGCAAAAAGAAAAAAGACUUCUAAAUCCUGUUAUGUACUCGGUAGACUUGAUGUACUGCGAGGAUUCAAAAUACAUGUAAAGUGUGCAGUUUUUCGUUGGAAAUAAAUAUGUGCGCUAAAACGAUUGGGCUAUACGUGAAAUGUAUGAUAAAUCUUACUACAAAUUGAUCAAAGUUUUU